CUUUUCUCUUCUCUGUAAUUCCCCAUUAACAAGCGAUUAAGAACAGACAAACAGCAAUCCUCGUCCAUCUCUGUCUGCUUUUUCUUUCUCUAGGUUUCCUUCUAUACCCAUUUCUGAAAUGUCCAAGCAGACCUACAGAGUAUGCUUCUGCUUCCGCCGGAGGUUCAAGUUGGCUGUGGCGGAGGCUCCUGAGGAGAUCAAGGCUUUGUUUGAUCGGUACUCUGAGAAUGGUCUUAUGACUGUUGAUCAUCUCCGUCGCUUCCUUGUAGAGAUUCAGAAGCAAGAGAACGCUACUACUGAGGAUGCUCAGGCUAUCUUUGAUCAGCUUCACGAGCUUAAACAUUUGAACGUUUUCCACCGCAGAGGACUCAAUCUUGAGGCUUUCUUUAAGUACCUUUUUGGUGACGUUAACCUUCCUAUCGAUGUUAAACGUGGGGUGCACCAUGAUAUGACUGCUCCUCUGUCUCAUUAUUUCAUAUAUACUGGCCACAAUUCAUAUCUAACUGGGAAUCAACUUAGCAGUGACUGCAGCGACGUCCCCAUCAUAAAUGCACUGAAGAGAGGUGUGAGAGUAAUUGAGUUGGAUAUAUGGCCUAAUUCCACGAAAGACAAUGUGGAUGUUCUUCAUGGGAGAACACUGACAACACCAGUAGAACUCAUAAAAUGUUUGAGGUCCAUCAAGGAGCAUGCUUUUAGCGCAUCAGAGUAUCCAGUGGUUAUAACUCUAGAAGACCAUCUUACUCCAGAUCUUCAGGCUAAAGUAGCUGAGAUGAUCACACAAACAUUUGGAGACAUCCUAUUUUCUCCUGGCUCAGAAUGUUUAAAGGAAUUUCCAUCUCCAGAAUCGUUGAAGAAACGAAUUAUAAUAUCAACUAAACCACCAAAAGAAUACCUUGAAGCCAGGGAAAUAAAGGAGAGAGAGAAUGAUUCACAGAGUGGAAAGGCUGCACCUGAUGAGGAAGCUUGGGGGAAAGAAAUCUCUGACCUUAAAAGCUCUAUUCGGUCUGAGGAUAAGAAUGUAUUAGAUGAAGAUAAUAAUGAUGAUGAAGAUCUACCUGAGGGAGAGAGUAAGUCUCAGCAUAUUAUUGCACCAGAAUAUAAACAUUUAAUCGCCAUUCAUGCUGGGAAGCCUAAAGGUGGAAUAGAAGAAUGUUUGAAAGUUGAUCCUGAUAAAGUGAGACGCCUUAGCUUAAGUGAGCAACAACUUGAAAAGGCUGCUGAAACUCAUGGAAAAGAAAUUGUCAGGUUUACCCAGCGAAAUAUACUCAGGGUGUACCCAAAAGGUAUACGUGUUGACUCCUCCAACUACAACCCAAUGAUUGGGUGGAUGCAUGGAGCUCAAAUGGUCGCUUUUAACAUGCAGGGAUAUGGAAGAUCACUUUGGUUGAUGCAUGGAAUGUUCAAGGCCAAUGGUGGAUGUGGUUAUGUGAAGAAACCAGAUUUUCUCUUGAAGUGUGAUCCACAUGGUGGGAUAUUUGAUCCUAGAGCUAAGUUGCCGGUGAAGACUACUUUGAAGGUGAAAGUAUAUAUGGGGGAAGGAUGGUACUAUGAUUUCCAUCGCACUCAUUUUGACGCAUUUUCCCCACCGGAUUUUUAUGCAAGGGUAGGGAUUGCUGGGGUUCCUGCAGAUUCUAUAAUGAAGAAGACAAAGACCCUAGAGGACAAUUGGAUUCCUGUGUGGAAUGAAGAAUUUGAGUUCCCAUUAACUGUUCCAGAGUUGGCUUUGCUUAGGAUUGAGGUUCAUGAAUAUGAUAUGUCAGAAAAGGAUGACUUUGGAGGUCAAACAUGCCUUCCUGUGUCCGAGUUAAGGAAAGGGAUUCGAGCAAUUCCCCUCCAUGAUAACAAGGGAGUAAAGUACAAUUCUGUAAAACUCCUUAUGCGCUUUGAUUUUGUUUGAGACUCAAGAGUCUGUGCUACUUAGUUCCAUGUCAUAGAUGUACAAAUUUGUGAAGCCCUUUCAAUGUGUUUGAAGUUGUUGAGACCUCUGAGCUGGUGUGCCGCAUAAUAGCAUCUGCCAUUCUGUUUCUUGUUCUCUGCCGAUUUGUGGCAGAUGAUGCAGGGAAGUGGUUGUAUACUCUUGUAAAAAAUUGACAAUGGAUUAUCAUAUUUAUUCUAUUGUAAUCAUGAAAGAUUCUUAUUUCUCUCUA